AUGUGUAUUAACUGCUGUCGAGGAAGACUCUUCAGAAAUUUCUUAACCAACUUCGGUUCCUCGAUUGUUUCACCUAGAGCAGCUGACUUUGAUGCGAUUUCAGCUAGCUUUCCUCCAAAAUCGUCGAUGGUCUCGGUUUUUUUCAUCCUAAGACGCUUGAAUUCUGACAUCAAAGUUUGUAGCCUAGCCUCUUUCAAUCUUUAUGCCCCUACGUUUCUUGUUUUAAUGGCUUCACACACCUUUUUAGCUGUCUUCAGCUCACCGACUUGUAGAACAAUCGCUUCUGGUAUGGAUGAUGUGGAGUCAGGUUUUACCAAACUCCUAGACCUCUGCAAGUGCACAGAUCGCGGAAGUAUGGGUAUCGAACACAAGGACUGGCUAUUGAGUACACUUUGA